GUACGUUGCCUGGUUUUUAAAGCCUCUCUCUUUGGUCUCCUCUUUGAGUUUCUCUUCCAUCACGCCGACGAAGUUAGAUAUAAUAAUAACACACCUAUAUGUGAUGGAAGAAGUUGCUCUUUGCAAUAUUAUUUGGUGAGCAUUUCUUGAAUUUAAUAUCUCUUCCUUCACACACACACACUCUCUCUCUCUCUCUUAUCUUUAAUUGUGUAUGCUAAUUAGUGUUUUGAGAUGAAGAAGGAAUGGUGUUGAGAUGGGAAGGAGUGGUGAUGUCUCGAGAUGAAGGAGAGGCAACGUUGGAGUGGUGAAGAAGAUGCAUUGUUACGUGCCUACGUGAGACAGUUCGGUCCGAGAGAAUGGCAUCUCGUCUCUGAGCGUAUGAACAAGCCUCUGAACCGCGACGCAAAGUCUUGUCUCGAACGGUGGAAGAACUAUCUCAAGCCAGGGAUCAAGAAAGGGUCUUUAACCGAGGAAGAGCAGAGGCUCGUGAUCCGUUUGCAGGAGAAACACGGCAACAAGUGGAAGAAGAUCGCCGCGGAGGUUCCGGGGAGGACGGCGAAGCGGCUAGGGAAGUGGUGGGAAGUGUUCAAGGAGAAGCAGCAGAGAGAAGAGAAAGAGAGUAACAAGAGAGUCGAGCCUAUUGACGAGAGUAAGUACGAUCGGAUCCUCGAGAGUUUCGCUGAGAAGCUUGUGAAAGAGAGGUCCUCUGUUCCUUCUGCGGUGAUGGCUAGUUCAAACGGAGGGUUUCAACAAGCUCCUCCUAAUAAUAAUAAUAAUAAUAAUAAUAAUAAUAAUAAUCAUGUGAUCCCUCCUUGGUUAGCUACUUCUAACAACGGGAGCAAUGUUGUUGCAAGACCUCCCUCGGUGACUCUUACUCUAUCGCCUUCAGUGGCUGCAACACCUCCUCAACAGCAGCCUAUCCCAUGGCUGCAGCAGCAGCAGCCUGAGGCUAGUCCGGGAGGUCUAGUGUUAGGGAGUAUGAUACCGUCUUGUAGCGGUAGUAAUGAGAGUGUGUUCAUGUCAGAGCUAGUGGAGUGUUGUAGAGAGGUGGAGGAAGGGCACAGAGCUUGGGCGGAGCAUAAGAAGGAGGCGGCUUGGAGGCUAAGGAGAUUAGAGCUGCAGCUAGAGUCAGAGAAGACAAGUAGACAAAGGGAGAAGACAGAGGAGAUUGAGGCGAAGAUGAAGGCUCUGAGGGAAGAGCAGAAGAUGGCAAUGGAGAAGAUUGAAGGAGAGUAUAGGGAACAGCUUGUUGGGUUGAGGAGAGAUGCUGAGGCCAAGGAUCAGAAACUAGCUGAUCAGUGGACCUCUAAGCAUAUCAGGCUCACCAAGUUUCUUGAACAACACAUGGGCUGCAGGCAGAGACUAUUAGACCGGCCUUGACACAUGAACCAAACCACCAAACACCUACUAUGAUCUCUUCUCCUCUUUGUUGUGUAAUGUAAUGUAAGCUUUUUGUUUUUAUUUUCAUCAUUUGGUGUCUCCAAUGUUAAUCAGACUUUUGGGUUCCUUAACUCAGCUUUUAAUGUAUGUGUUGGUUUCUCUUCUUUAA